AUGACACGUGUAAUGAUUGCUCAAUUAAUUCUUGGUGUAGUUGGCAAUUUAUUUAAUAUUUCUAUUUUUUUACAAAAAUCUUUACGAUCAAAUUCAUGCUCAAUGUAUUUAAUCACAUCCUCAAUCACGAAUGUAUUUGUCUUAAAUUUUGGAAUUAUUCCAAGCUUGUAUACGUUGGACCAUGUAAAUCCAUCUAACUAUUCACUGGUCUAUUGUAAGUUAAGAUUAUAUUUAAUUCACGGUCCAUUAAUGAUAUCAAGAUGGUGCAUCGUUCUUGCGUGCAUCGAUCGGUGGGCCUUGUGUUCAUCACAUACCAAAGUACGCGAAUUUUCUCGCUCAGUUGUCGCCGGUCGUUUAAUACCGAUAAUCGUAUCGCUAUGGUUAAUUAUUCCACUACACAUUCCAAUAUUUAACACAAUCGAUUCUAAACAACGAUGUAUUAUGCCAGGUGUAUAUUCUUUAAUCUAUAGUUUGUAUGCCCUGAUUGUUUCUGGUACUAUUCCACCAAUAUUAAUGGUACUCUUUUCCAUUUUAACCUUCAAUAAUUUAAGAGAAAUUCGUAAACGUGUUCAACCAGUCGGUGGUGGUACACAAAUAAAAAUAAAGCAACGUGAUAUUCAACUAAUGGUAAUGUUGUCGGCCGAGGUAUUUGUUUACAUUUUCUCAACAGUAUUAUAUCCGAUAAAUGUUUUUUAUACUGCACUUACAGUGAAUGACUCUAAAACACCACUUAGAACAACAAUCGAAUCCUUUAUUACCUUUUUAGCUGGCUCAUUUCUUAUUUACAUAAACAGUGCAGCAGCAUUUUACGUUUAUCUAUUAACAUCGAAGCAAUUUCGGCAAGAAUUAAAAAACAUACUGGUGAUUUAUUGUCUAAAAUAUUUGUUUAAAAAUAAAUUCCGAAAUUAUCGACAAAACCAACGUACAACGGGAGGCGGUUCCCUUAAAACAACAUAUCACGAGCAGUCGCUGUCGAUGUCUCAACGAUAUAUUUAA